AUGGACGGCUACAGGUUGCCCAGAAAAAAGGUUUACCACACGUUUUUUUACUGCCAACUUUGGCGAUGGCCAGACCUGCAUACUCAGCACGAGUUAAGACCUAUCGCUACUUGUGAAUAUUCUUUCCAAUCAAAACGCGAUGAGGUUUGUAUCAACCCUUAUCACUAUCGAAGGAUUGAAAAUCCAGUUCUCCCACCAAUUAUGGUUCCUCGUACAGUUAAUAAUGGGACUUCCGGAGUCAAUAACGACAACACACAUCGUGGUGUGACGGAAUCAUCUACUGAACGUUAUGGAAGAGGUUCAUCUUUUGGUUCACAUCAUUCUCGAUACUCCUCUAUGCACAAUCAGUAUCAACAAGGUCUUCAACAACAACAUCAUCUAAAUGCUUUACAGAGUCAUCAUCCUUCCACUGCUGGACUAAAUGAUUCUAUGAUAAUGGGAGAUGAUUGUGGUUCAGAACCAAAUAGUUUAGCUGCACUCCUAGCUCCUCCAUCUAAACAACCCAGACAACAUCUUGCUACGGAUGCUGUGACAGCUGCUGCUCUAGCCAGAGGUGAUGCACUUGACGCGUAUGCUGUAGCAAGUCGAGCAAUAGCUGGUUUAGAAAAUGUCGGAAAUGUACUCGGUGGGACGCAUCCACCAUGUGUGAGCCUUCGUGAGGCUGCUGAAAAUAUGACUCUGGGUGGACCCCCCAAUUUAGUUGGAACACCCCCAGCUCCUCCUCAUACAGGCUAUCAAUCGUCUCUUAUGAAUGUAGUGUCCAGUCUUAGCGGUGAUGGUCGUGAUUUCGCUCGCAGUUUAGGUGUAGCAAAUCACAUUCACAAUGCUACAACGAGGUCACUUAGUAUGGGUGAUUAUCCAAUUCCUGUGUCUGCUUGCCAAGAAGAUCGUUCUAAUGAUUCUCAGUGCCUAGGUCCAAAUGCUGAUAAUUUGAGUUCAAGUUUUAUGGGUCAAUCAUCAUCAGUUUCUUCAUCUACAACUCAGAAAGCUCCUAGUAUUGCUGGUGCCGGCCCGUCAAUAAACUCUCCUGGUACAUUGUCAUCAGUUGAAGAAAAUUGUAUCAGUGAAGAUGACAAUAUGGAUCUAGAUAUGUUAAGUGAUGUUCUUAUUGAUGGGAAUGAAAUGACUUCAGUAGCUUAUCAAGAACCUGAAUAUUGGUGUUCAUUAUAUUAUUAUGAAAUGAAUACUCGUGUUGGAGAUACAUUUCAUUGUUCUAGUCCAUGUUUAACUGUUGAUGGUUUCACCGAUCCAAAUAGACAUAAUCGUUUCUGUUUAGGUCUAUUAUCCAAUGUGAAUAGAGGACAUCAGAUUGAGCUAACUAGAAGGCAUAUUGGUAAAGGUGUUAAACUUUAUUAUAUUGGCGGUGAAGUGUUUGCAGAAUGUUUAAGUGACAGUGCUAUAUUUGUACAAUCUCCUAAUUGCAAUUAUAUGUAUAAAUGGCAUCCAGCAACUGUAUGUAAAAUUCCACUGGAUGUAAUUUAA